UAAUUAAAGUCUCUCCAGGACAUGGUGUGGAAAGUCUAGCUCCCACUCGCGGGGAGCACAGGCAAACGUCAUGCGGCGGAGUCCGCAGAUGCUUGAGGCGGUCAACAUGUGUCUUAGUAGGACCUUCAGACAAGACACGUCCAACUAUACUUGCGCUGGAUGAUGCGCUCACGAUGCCUUACUCGUUUCAGCACUCUUGCCGUAACACCUGGCCGAUGUGCUGUUUUCCGCUAUUCUUGCACUUUUCCUUGUCUACAAACUACUGCAGCUGCAGAGACCUAAAAAUCUACCUCCCGGCCCGAGGCCCCUGCCUUUGCUUGGCAACCUCUUGGAGAUGCCAGUGGAGAAUGCGCGCGUCGUCUUCAGAGACUGGGCGAACAUCUACGGCAGGGAGCUAAUGAAGAUCGAGCUGCCUGGCAAAAUGCUAUACUUCAUUUCCGAUAGGCAAACCAUGAUUGACCUUUUCGAGACGCGAGCUGCUAAAUAUUCUUCUAAACCUCCAUUCACCAUGACCUAAUCGUCCGGGUUCAAAUAUAUCGUGCCUCUUCUACCGUAUGAAAGUCGUCUGAAGACCACGAGGAGGCUACUGGGGCAAGGCCUCUCGCACACCGCCGUACGAAGCUACCAGUCAUAUAUCGACCGACGAGCAAUGCUCUUGCUGGAGUCAUUGUGCGAGAAUCCGAGCGAUUUCGUCAUGCAUUUCACCAGAAUGGCCGCACAUACCGCGAUGAAGAUUGCAUACGGCCACAAAGAUGUCACGGAUAAUCAAGACUUGCUCUCAAAAGCGAUUCGAUCUAUGGAGAUCUUCACCGAAACAGUAAUCCCUGGCGCGUGGCUCGUGGACUCCCUGCCAAUUCUCGAUCACCUUCCAUCGUGGUUUCCUUUCGCUGCAUUCAAGAGGUACCAAGAGAUGGCGAAGCCGAUAGUUGUUGAGUCUGUCACAAAGCCGUUCGAGAUAGUCAAAAAGCAUCUGGCUCAGGGCACAGCGGACGGAUCCUUCACCUCUUAUCUCCUUCAGUCAGAGAAGCUCGAUCCUGAAACCGAGGACUGCAUCAAAUGGGCUGCGAAUGGUAUCUUCUUCGGUCAAUUCGAGACAACGACGGCUGCCCUCUCUUGGUUCACUCAUGCUAUGGUCAAGCAUCCUGAUGUACAGAAGAAGGCUCAGGAGGAGAUCGACAGGGUCGUCGGAAAUGAGCGUCUUCCCAAGGUCGAGGACCGUGAUUCGCUGCCCUACCUCAAUGCCGUCUUGCGGGAAGUCAUGAGGUGGCAGCCGAUCGUUUGUCUUUCGACGCGUGCCGUCAGCGAGGAAAGCGACGAGUAUCACGGUUACUUCGUACCAGCAUAUACUGAAAUAGUGGUGAACAUCUGGGCCGUGCUACACGACCCUACGGUGUAUCCCGACCCCGAGCGGUUCAUUCCAGAGCGCCACCUUGAGAAAGAUGUUCCAGAUCCUCUGGAUGUUGCAUUCGGGAUCGGUCGUCGAGGUUGCCCUGGAAGGCAAGUGGCUCAGGCUCAGCCAUUCGUGACCAUGGCGUGCAUGCUCGCAACCCUCGACCUCAAGCCCGUGAAAGACGAGCACGGCAAUGAGCUAAUUCCCGAGACGAAGGGAGGUGACCUUUUGAUCAACUUCCCUGUACCGUUCAAAUCGGCGUUUACUGCACGCUCUGAGAUGGCACUGGAGCUUAUUCAUCAGUCGGCGGAACACGCCAGGUCGCUACCUGACAAGCUGGAGCGGUGGUCUGACUAGUUCGAGGGUCGGCGGUGAGCUCGGGGAAAGACAGAAGCAGUCGUGUUUCGACAAACAUAUACUGUCUUGACGAACUAAUAGCUGUAGCCAGGGUUGUAUUUGUACUCGAGGAGCCGGCGACACCCUGUUCUGCCGUGCUGGCUAAUUCAUGAAGAGGUCACUUGGCGCCAUGACUGAUGUUCUCCGUUAUAAUGGACACAUUUGAUUGCGAGAUAUGCAGCGAACGAAAGGGAGGAACUAGGAUUAACUGGUGCCUACAGCCGUAAGGGAAACAAACAAGAGGAUACCAGCGCUCAGACAGCACUAGCAAGUUGCCGGCAGCACCCUGUUCUGCCACCUGGACCGAUUCCCUUCAACGAGAUCUUACUGGCUUGUCAUGCGCGUUUCUUACCCUGAGAUCACGUUGAAACAAAAAUAUUUGCAUUAUGUGGCCAGAAAAACCAACCGCGAUUAACAGCUUUCACUGGGCGAGAGUUCUCUGCGUAGUCUGCGCCGCCGUAAUGGCACGAG